AUGUCCGGCAACGAAUCUAGCGUCGAUGACGGGCAGACGGACGCCACUUCGACCAGCGAGUCGGGCCAAGUCGCUCGAGAGCAGGCCGGUUCGCUCUCCGAGCUGGGCAAGCUGAUGGCCAGGGUUCAGCAGCAGCAGCAGGACCUCGCAAGCUUCACCUUUGGUGGUCUCGCCGACACGUUGCCGCCGCUUUCUAGCAUCAGCGUCAACGGGUGCGGUCCGAUCCCCCUCCCGCUCGUCGACCACGAGGACGCCAAACGACUCGCUGGUGUCUGCGAACGGGCGCCGUCACCGUGCGCAGCUUUUGCCGACGCUUCGGCUGGCAAACCCUGCCAGCUCGAUGCGGGAAAGGUGACCGUCGACAACCAGGCGUGGCGCGACGGCCUCGCUGCCCUUGGCUCGCAGAUCGCCGACAGGUUCGGCUUUGUCGACACGCCCCUCACGCUGCACCUCGACAAGUUUCUCUUUCACGAGGCCGGCGGUCCCUCUGGCAGCCUUUGUCGCACCAAAUCCCGCGACGGCAUGUUUGCCACGCUCGUCGUGCAGCUCCCCUCGAUCCACAGCGGCGGCCAGCUGGCCGUAUACAAGGGAGGCGACUCGAUGACGCACGACUUUGGCGCUGUAGCCGGCACGACCGCGUCCGGAUGCCACUUUGCUGUCCACCACUCGGACCUCGAGCACGAGGUGCUGUCCGUGACGCAGGGCUACCGUCUCCUGCUCGUCUAUGCCGUCUGCUGGCCGGCGGAUCGCGCCAGGUCGACGAUCCCCUCCACCGUCGACGACGAUGUCGUCUCGCAGAUGGCGGCUUGCCUCUGGCAUCUGAGCAAACAGGAGCGUCACUUCUACCUCUUCCUCGACCACGAGUACCCUGCCGAGCUCAGCACCGGUCAAGGCAACACGGUCUUCAAGGGCGUCGACCAUGAGCGCCUCGUGAGCCUGCGUGCCGCCAAUACGCUGCUCUCGGAGGAUCGCCGCUACGCAUUCUUCGUGGCCAAGGCCCGGAUUGACCGGAGAUUUGUGUCCCACUCAUAUGGGGACGUGUCGUUGAGCAAAACGUGCGCGAUCGCCUUUGCAGAUUUGCAACACCUCGACGGAGGCACGCGCAUCCCGGGAAACUGCAGUCCAGACAAGUACUUCGGCGACGAGGACAUCCUCAACCCGGACGCCGAAACGCUCAAGGAUCCCUGGGAGCGACGCCCAAAGGCGCAGGACGAGAACGGCGUGCACGAAUCGGAACUUCCAGAGCGGUGGACCAAGAAUGUCCUGAUCGCGUGGCCAGACCGCGAUUGGCACCGGCUUACGAUAGCAUGCGUGGGGGAGACCAACUACUUCUGCAACAACAUCCUGGCCAGGCACAUCCUCCCAGACGCCUCCCUGCGAUCUUUCCUGGAGCUCACAAAGAAGUUUCACGCCCCCACGGUACGUGAACUCAAGAGCAAGAUGCGUCUCGAGAACCUAUGCGUAAUCGUCGUCCAGACACUCGUCAAGCGCCCGUUCAACCAGCAGCUGCUCGACCUCCUGUUGGACAUCUACUCGAUGACCGACAUGCUCCAGUCCCCGUUUGCCGACAGGCGCGCCUUCCUCCCGCUGCUCAUGUGGGAGGAAGCGAGGCCGACGGUACGGGUUCGCCUCUUUGACAUGCUGUCCCCAGACCCGCUCCUCAUCCUCACGGCGGUGGUACAGUGCAGAGAGGACGGAGCGCAGGACAUGGCCGAGACGCUUAUCAAGGUCCUGCUGCGUUCCGAACACGGCCUCGGACGUGGAGACCAUGGUUUCAAUUGCGCGAAGCCAUUCACGAUACUCCGCUACGCACUGUCCGAGCCGAACGCCGCCGUCUGCGGAAACGUCGUGCAACGACUCCUCAACUCACCCGAUGCCCGUCUUAGCUUCGAACCGGGCAUGGACGCGCUCCUCGGGAUCCGAUCCGACUCUCCGGACGACUACAGCGAGGCGAAGCGCGAUGCCAUCCGUCCGUACGUCGAGCGCAGCCUCGCCUGGCUCCGAGAGGAGCGCGACGAGACCGCGCUGCCCAGGCCGGCGGAAGACUACUGGCGCUUCGAUUCCGCCGACUUCUACCACGAUGCCCGGGUCGAAGCUUUCCUCCGGGGACCCGAACGCACCAUCACCAUCUCGGGACUGGACGCAGCCGAGGCGCGGGACCUCGUCGCCAACUGCGAAGAGAGGAUGCCCGUCGAAGCCGCGACGAACGUGGAGGCGUGGCGACGUCGUGGCUGGCGCCCGUUUUCGUUUACGACGGCGGCGACGUUCGAGGCGGACGACGGCAGGACGUCCUGCGUCACGCUCACCAAGACGGACCUGUACCCGCAGCAGCGUCAGCUCGGUCGAUCCUGGAAGGUGAAGAGAUUGGACAAGCAGCUGGCCGAGUGGGCGUCGCUGCUCGUGGUGUCCUCCCGUCCUCGAGCUAGCGCGGAGACGGUCCAGAUCGAGGCCGAGGCCGAGCCGAAUCGCGAUGGCGUGCAUGAGAAGGAUGUCCAGCAAGCUCAGGGAGCAUCGACGUUGCAGCCGAAGCCGGACGAGGGCAGCAAGCCCGCCGCUGCUCCCAGCUCUGCUCGCAGCAGAAGGGCCACAUCGCCGCACUCGCAGGACGGGGCGGAUGAAGGACAAGAGCACCGAAGCAAGCGGAUCAAGACGGACGAGUAG